ACAUUUAUCCGUCUUCAGAGCCGCUUUGCACCGGUGAGGUGUGGUACGAUACCGAUUUCGGUCAAUACUCGGAGUUCCAAAGCACUAGCCUAUACUCCAGCUACUUUUGAAAGGCGUGGUGUGAAACUUGGAAGGGUUGUUGUUGCGGCCGAGGUCGGCCAGGGAUGAUGAGUGGCAAUGGAGAGCCGUGAUUGCCUGAGGCAGAGAACGCGGGAUGCUGGUGCCCCUCCAAGGAGUGAGUGACUCAAUGCUAUUGACAAUUCUCUCUCUCUCUGUCUCUCUCUCUCGCUCCCUCGCCCUCGAACCCCACCCCACUUCGCGCCAACCCAACCUGGCUGGAUCCUGCAUACAAUUGCAUUUCCGCUUCUAUCGUCAUACAAACUUUGUGACCAUCGUGUUCAUAUCAUUCUGUGUCACUCUCAGCAGUUCAUCUCCUUGUGUAUCGUGUAUUGCACACUUGGGGGUUAAAUGCAACCUCCUCGGUUGGCGCUUUUCUCAAUGGCAUCUUUCUUUGGAAUCUGAUGGAACCUUUCAUGAUUUCACGAAAGGGCAGAGCGGAGCCAUUCCUCUAAUUGAACAUAGGCGGUAUUCUCCAAUUGCGUUCAAAGCCAUAUCGUGGGAUUUUUCGCAGCUGCGCUCGGCUUAAAGAAAUCUGUAUAAUUAAUUUGCUCUCUCUCAGAGCCUAUAUAAAAUCCAGUUUUGCUACUGAGAUAUUCACGGCAGUCGUUUUGUUUAUACUUGUUAAACUUAU